AUGGCCUUCCUCUCUUUGCAGUCUUGUUAUGAAACUAGUGUCACUUAUAUGGCCAUUGAGAGGAGAAGAGCUCGCUUGGGUGAGGAGAAUGGCGAAACUGCAGAGGAUCAAUUUCCAUCUCUACAAGUUCAGGAUGCUUCUCCUGAGCAUCAAGUUCUCGCUGCUACUCCUUCAACCAUUAAGAAGAGACCUUGCCCACCUAGUUCUGUUCUUAAAGUGCACAAAAUUCUGCUAGAGGUGGCUAAUCAGCCUGAUGAGGGAGAGUUCGUUACACCACAGAAGAAGCUACUGAACUCAAUUGACAAAGUUGAGAAGGUGGUGUUGGAAGAACUUCAGAGGCUGAAGAGGACCCCGAGUGCUAAGAAGGCAGAGAGGGAAAGAAAGGUUCGAACUUUGAUGUCAAUGCGUUGAGGAGAAAAGUAGUUUGGA